AUGCUGGACGACGAGCGGUGGCGCGCCGUCCCAGAGCAGGCCGGCGCGGGCGCAGGCGGCGCUGCCACAGACGGGGAUGGGGAUGCGGCGAUGGACCGCGCGGACGGCGAGCAUGGCGCCCGUGCCGCGGGCGCCGCCGAGGCGGCCGAGGUGCGGCCGGCGCCGCCUCCUGUGCGCCGGGGUGUGCGGCGCAGCGCGCUGGCGGACGCCCUCGAGGCGGAGGAUGACGAGCAGCAGGAGGAGGCCGCGCGCGGCGAUGGGCGGCCGAUGCUAGCGCCCCACGGUCCGGCGCUGUCGGUGCAGCUUCGGCGCGUGCGCCUGCGGCUGCGCGAGUUCCUGGCGACGCAGGCCGCGGCGGGGAAGAGCGUGCCGAUGCAGCGGACGGCCCUCGGUCUGCACCCGACGGUGCGGUGGACGAUCCGCUUCGGCAAGUGGGCGACGACGCGAAUCAUCGCGCCGAGGGCGAGCCGGUGGCACGCGACCGAACAGGGCGACGCGCGGGAGGAGGAGCCGACGGUGCGCACGGGUCGCGGCGAGAACACGAUCUACGUCGCGCUGCAGCACAUGAAGAACCACGUGUGGCGCGAGAUCUGGCCGGCGAUGCCGGACGACGCGAGGCAGUACUGGCGGCUGGUGACCAAGCAGGUGAUGUCGCUGUACGACGGCGGCGGCGGCGGGAUGAAGGACGCGGCAGGAGCCGCCGGCCGGGCGGCGGGCCGCGAGGCGGCGCGGGAGAGCGCGUCGCACGGGCAGAGUGAGGCGGCGCAGCUAUCGUGA